AUGUUGCUUGCAAGUGUUGAAUCUAUUGUGGAAAACAUAGAUUGUGACCCGGGAAGACGGAGACCUAUUGUUGAGUAUGAUGUCCAAGAUAGGGAUCGCAUUCGAAGAGAAUAUAUCUCGAAGGGACCUUUCCAACCAAAAGGUCAUGUGUUUAAGAAAAGCUCAUUUGGCAAUGAGAAAAGGAGUUUCCAAUAUAAAUGGUUUGAAAGACAUGCUUGGUUAGAGUAUAGUGUGGAUAAAGAUGCAGCAUUUUGUUUUUGGUGUUAUCUUUUUAGGCCUAUUAAUGACAAUCGGUUUGGUGAUGAUGUCUUUGUGAGCACAGGGUGUAAAAAUUGGAAAAAGGCUCUUGCUAUUUUUAGAGAACACGAGGGUUCAGUUAAUAGCACGCAUGAUCAGACAAGAAUACUUUUUGAAGGAUUUAAAAAUCAAAGACAAAGUGUAGAGUAUAAUUUGAUGAAAUUUGAUAGGGAAGACGAAGUCAACUAUCAGAUUCGUUUGACUGCUUCUUUAAAUGUGACUCGAAUAUUGUUGAAACAAGGGUUGGCUUUUCGAGGAAGUGAUGAAUCAUUGGAGUCUGAAAAUAGGGGAAACUUUAUAGAGAUACUUGAUUGGUUGCGUGAGCAAAAACUUGAGGUAGCAGCGGUGACAUUGGAGAAUGCUCCUCGCAAUAAUCAGAUGGUUUGUCCUUCAGUUCAAAAGGAAUUGACAAAUUGUUGUGCUGUUGAAACUACAAAAGUUAUUUUGGAAGAUAUUAAAAAUCGCAAUUUCUCUCUUUUGGUUGACGAAGCGCGCGAUGCAUCGAUAAAAGAACAAAUGGCAUUGGUUUUGAGGUAUGUUAACAAUGAUGGAGAGAUUGUAGAAAGAUUCUUGGCUUUGGUUCAUGUCACUGAUACCACGGCAAAAUCUUUGAAAGAAGGGAUUGACUUUGUAUUUGCUAAGCAUGGUUUAUCUUUGUCAUGA